AAAAGAGGAGAAGAGUUAAUGGUGGGUAAGGGCUCUGGUGGGUUGCGCAGUCAGGCUCUGUUUUGAAUGUAGCUGCUUGUGUAAGUUGUUGAGCAGUUGUCUGGGUUUAUGGAUUCACUGACUGUGGAAAAUGUACUUCUCUGUAGUGGUCCUUGUCCUGACUAAGGCUCUGGUCACAGAGGUAUGUCAUGCUCUCAAUGUGACAGUGACCCCUGGACCUGUUGUCUUGGUAACAGAGAACAACAACCUGACACUGUCCUGUCUGGUAUCUCAAAGAAGGAGGAACACCAGUGUCCUGAUUCUUCGCUGGUUCUUCUCUCCCCUAAUGGCUCCUACUCCCGUGCCUCCUGUCUCCUUUCCACCCACCUCUCCCCCUGUACUCAAACACUCCGAGUUUCUGAUCGUAAAGAUGGGCAUCAGGAAAAGGAAGCUGUAUGGGAACUACACCCACCGUUUCCCCCAACCAAAGUUUCAUCUGCACGAGGAAAUGGAGGGAGACGUGUACCAGUUGCGGAUUCUCAGUGUGACGGGGUUGGACCAGGGUUUUUACAGCUGUAAAGUUCAGGAGAUCCGCAAACACAGAAACACAUGGAGAAUAUCUUCCAAUGGUACCAGCACCACACAGCUGGCAGUGCACUUUACGCCCGAGGAUGGUAGCAGCGAAGGACUGUGGCUUUUAUUCGCAGAUGUGUAUCUGUGUGCUGUGGUGAUCUGCUCACUGGGCCUGCUGUCCAUCUUCCUAUUCACUCUUGUCCUAACCUGCCAAUACUUCCACAGAAGACACAGACUCAAAUCCAGUUACCCUCUGGUCAAAUGUCCAGAAAGCAGCUCAGGAGAGACUGUAACAAGCUCCAGUAGUUGCUCCAGUUCCUCCCCAAGUGCACAAAGGAAAGACACAAGACAGAAAACUGACCGAGCACAAACAGUAACACCACCUAAACUACCUGAAAAGAUUCCACUGCACAUACCAGCCAAAGUGCCCAUUGCUGCAAAGAGACCUCAAAAGCCCAGAAGGCUGAAGGCUCAGUCAAGGAGAUCUGCCACUCCUCGAGUAUCACACGAAGAGAGCCUGACAUACGCGGAGCUGGAGCUUGUGCGACCGAGGCAGGAGCCCCCAGCCGCCUCCAGCCCUGACCCCGCGCCCUCCAGCCCGGACACCGUCUAUGCUCAGAUCCUCUUCCAGGAGAAAUAGCUGUAAACAUGUCAGCUUGGUACCUCCUGCAGAGAUCCAGCUCUUCAAACUGAACUGUGUGAUAGCCAAAGGACUAUAUUUAUGAACUUAUAGUAUGACAUUUAGCACCCCCCCCCCCCCCCCCCCCCCCUCUUUUCAAUUUUUUUAUUUUUAUUUUGGAUGCAAGUAUGCCACAUCUGUGGGUAAAUAGGAGGUUUGUGUUUGCUCUGUGCAGUUCCAUUCCAGCACAGCAGCUUUAGGGUCUCAUAACUCUGUUUGUUUGUUGGCAUCUCUGGCCUGUGAGCCAGAUGUUUAUAGAAUGCUCUUACCAUUAACUGUUCUUUAUAAACUCAGGAGACUGUGUGGGAAGAAACUGUUGUACCGCAGUGUAAUAAGGCACUGUAAAGGUCAGCUUUUAAAUGCAUUUAUGAUUAUAGUGCUAAUAGAUCAUAUUAAGAGAUGCCAAAGAGUACUGUGUUUGAUUUAUAUAAAUACAGUUUUUAAAUACAGCUUUUCUUUAGAA